UGGCUUUCGAGUCUCGUUCUUAUCGUUCGUGGGAUUACGCAAACGCAGGGGAAAUGUAGACCGCAAAGAUUUCGAGAAAUGAAAAGGAAAGUGCGAAGUAAACGCGGAAGCGCCGUAUCUUUUCAAUAUGUCCACCAUGGAGGUCUCCUUUGCUUGAUUUCUGAAAUAUAAUAGACAUUUAUAUUAGUAAAAUAACAUAUUGCAUAUUAAUAUUACUUACAUAAUUACUUAAAAACCAUUCGAUUAAUCGAUUUAUUAUCAGAUCAUUAUAUUCCUGAAUGACAUUCUUGUUCUUCAUGACUUUUGUUCCUAAAGGAUCCUCAUGGCACUUCGCGCACUAUGGAAAUCGAAACAAAUUUAAAUGGAUCUUCACUAAAACCGUUUCUGAAAAAGUCAGAACGCAAGUGCUUCCGUAUUCCACGCGAGUGUUACGAAAUCUCGUGCAUCGCUCGCGCGACUCUUUACUCUCGGCGCCGCGUGGAAGACGCUCGCGAGAAAUUGGACUUACGAAAGAUCAGCAAAGUCCGUACGUCGUGACUCAAUUUUCAAGCGGAGCGUCCCCCGUUUCCCAGUGGCUUCUUCCCUCCGCAAUCCUCCCCGUGCGAUAUUUUGAAAUUGGAACCGAUUCGACGUUUGCACCACGGCGUGCGCCGUGUUCUUCUGGUUCCCAUCGGGAUCUCGACGACGUGCGUCGCGAUUCCGUGUUAUUCGAGUCACGAGUCGGGUGCCCGUGUCUCCCGUCUUUCUCCCAUCGCCUCACCCCGGUUUGUUUCAUCCCCGUUUCAUACGGUCGUACAACGAGACCAGGAUCCCGAGAUCCCAUCAUCUCGCGUUUCCCAUCGGGGAAACCGAUUGAAGUCGUGAAAAAAUGUUUGUCUUGCAGCAAUGUCGAAUGUCGAUCCCCGCAUCUUGCGUCAGAUAUCUCGGAGUCAACUGAAGCAGGCACUGUAAAAUUUCAGGUGUAAUCUUCGCGGCGUUUGCUUCAUUCGUUGCUACUGGAUUUUUAUCGCAAACAUUUCGAGUGGAAGCGUUAUACGCUGCAGCAAAUACUCAUUUUCUCAUUUUUUAAGUUUAUAGCAAUUUUACGAAGAAAUUUGUUGAUAACAAUCCUGUUUGUAACGUUGCAACGAGACAUCGUGCCCCGUGCUUGUCCUUCACCUGUGCCUCGUGCAGUCUCCGGGAAGAAAGGAAAGGAAAGAGGGAAGAACGCGCGCGAGAAAAGAACAGGAAUGAUUGGACCACGCGUGGUGGGGGUGGCACCGUCGAUGGUGGGCCUGUUUGGGCCCAACGUCGUAUGUGAGAGGGAAGGCGAGAGGGGCGAUGGACGGAGCGCGAUCGAGAUCCUCAGUAGGUCACUGGGACGUGGCUCGUGGCCGAGACGAGUGUGGCUCGCACCUUCAGUCGGUCCCCGUCGGUCAGGAAAACCACCUCUGGGCCCGUCGAAUCCUCGCGGCCGGACACGAGAACACGACGAGAGGAGACGCACAUGAUGGAGAGGACGUGGCGGAAUAUAUGGAAGACAGCUUUUAUCUUAUUGCUGCCCUUGCUAUUAGCUGGUGUACGAAGCGAGGCACCAUUGGUUGACAGCAGCGCGUUGCCCCUGGAACACAGAUCGGUGUAUGGGGCCCCAGCUCAGUAUGGUCCACCGGCCGCUCAUGAGGAGAACUGGCCGCUGGCGUCACCGGACACCCCACAGAUCAAGCACCUGCAGGUGCAGUGCGAGAAGACGCACAUGCGCGUGAACAUCGAGUUUGAUCGGCCGUUCUACGGUAUGAUCUUCAGCAAGGGCUUCUACUCGGAUCCACACUGCGUGCAUCUGAAGCCCGGUACUGGCCACCUGAGCGCGACCUUCGAGAUCUUCCUCAACUCGUGCGGCAUGAGCUCGUCGGCGAACCACAACGUGGCGGCUUACGGCGCCCCGACGCCCUCCGGCAGCUACGUGGAGAACACGAUCAUCGUGCAGUACGAUCCCUACGUGCAGGAGGUGUGGGAUCAGGCGAGGAAGCUGCGCUGCACGUGGUACGACUUCUACGAGAAGGCGGUCACUUUCAGGCCGUUCCAGGUCGAUAUGUUGCAUGCCGUUACCGCCAACUUCCUCGGUGACAACCUGCAGUGUUGGAUGCAGAUACAAGUGGGCAAGGGCCCUUGGGCCAGCGAGGUGUCCGGCAUCGUGAAGAUUGGGCAGACCAUGACGAUGGUACUGGCUAUCAAGGACGACGAAAACAAGUUCGACAUGCUGGUGAGGAACUGCGUCGCGCACGACGGCAAGAGGGCGCCGAUUCAGCUGGUCGAUCAAUAUGGUUGCGUAGUCAGGCCGAAGAUCAUGUCCAGAUUCCAAAAGAUCAAGAACUUCGGCCCGAGCGCAUCCGUAGUCAGUUUCGCCUACUUCCAAGCUUUCAAAUUCCCCGACAGCAUGAACGUCCACUUCCAGUGCGUGAUUCAAGUCUGUCGAUACAAUUGCCCCGAGCCCAAGUGUGGGCAUCCUGGUCUCGAGUACGGUGCACCUGCCGGCGGCAUCUCUCACGAAUAUGGCGCACCGGUUUCGCAAGGUCUUUCUUCAGAGUACGGUGCUCCACCUGUGCCCGAAUACGGCGUGCCACCGGCUUAUCCUGAUCCACGACAUCCCAGUGGACCAGCUGGAGCGUAUAGCGAACCAAAUCCGGAUGUAGUUCCGGCGCCGCAGGCACAGACCUCGUCCUCUUCACCCAGCUCGACGCCAGGCGACGCUACGGCGAGCAGCUCACCCCAAAGUCCCCAGGACAAUAUCCACCUCCCUCCACCUCCUUUACCCGGGCAUCCGGCGGCGUACCAGACUGUGAAGCGAAAGGGUACCGCCGGCACGGAGGAGCUUGAGGGUAACCUAGCCAUCCUCGGAGGUCGACCGAGGUCGGUCGAAGGUUUCCCGGCCGAACUCAGAGGCGCCAGAAGGCGAAGGCACGAUGAGCCGCACGAGCUGGAAGACGAUGAUAGCAAUAUCUAUCGCACGGUGACCCUGUUCUCCACCCACGUGUACAAGCGAGCGGCGCAGGAAAUGACGGAUGUGAACACCUCGAGAGUCAUCCAGGUGGUCGCGCCGGGCGACGUUAACUUCGCGCUGGGCACGACGAACUCCAGCAACGACACCACCGUGGUCAUACAGAACGCUGCGUCCGCCGAUCCCGAGACGAUCUGCAUGAGCCUGCCGGGUUUCGUGGGUGGUCUGGUGAUGCUGCUGCUGGUCGUCGUGGUGGCGUCCCUCGUCGCGGCCUUUCUCUUCGUCCGGGUACGCGCUGUCGAUCGCAAGAACGCCGCGAUGAGCGGCGGCUACGUACACCCGGCAUACGCGACGGAGAGCUGCAACGUGCCGAAUCCGGAAUUCGUGAAGGUCGCCAACUGAGGUGGUGCACACGGUGCGCAAAAUCAAAAAGGAUUCGCCGCGGGAGAGGAGAAGGAAGAUCCCAGGAGGAUCUCGCCGACCUCGAAUGGGACCGCAUCGCAUCGAUAUCAUUCCGUCCGAAGCCCGAGAUACGUCGGGAGAUCCUCCUCGUCGAAAGAUGCAGCCGCGCAAUCUCUCCUCUCUCCUCCUCCGUCAGGUGGCCGAUGGCACCUUGGCGUCUAGUCUGCUCGCGUCAAUCGCGGUCGUCGAAUCAAGGGAGACCAAACGACUAGAUCGAUACCGAGAAAUUUCAGCAAGGCGCGAACUCGAGCGAGGACCGCAGGACGAAGGAGAUCCUCGAGCAGCAUGUAAAUAAGGGACUCGCGGGAGCGCUUGAGCGACUUGAUGAGAAAGCGGAAAAACGGAGGAGAGAGGAAGGUAAAUGAGAGAGAGAGGAGCCGCCGGCGCACAUUCCACCGAUCGUUCAUGAUCGCGAUUAGGACGAUCUCCUUAUCACCCGAUCAUCGAUCGGACACGAAUGUCAGAUGCGAGGAGACCGGAGCCCGCGAUCGAUGGGCUGUGCGCCAGAUCAAUUCCACGAGUCGAUCCCCAGGACGCUUCGUGAUCAUCGCGGCUAGUAGAGAUCGACGAUAAUUUCUAAACGCCUCGCUGAUUGCUCGACAGACCCGUCUGGCCGGCAGGCAGCUCGUUAUCACGAAGUAAAGGGGAUCUUCGCAAUCGCCACAGAGUAGUCUCUAGGAGGGCAUUGUAAAUAAGUCGCGUGGGUAGUUAGACGGCCCUUCAGGACCCGCUUGUCUCGGCGUCUCUCCGAUCACACCGUGUGUACACGCUAUUAUUUAUACUUAUUGUAUUACUUCAACGAGUGUUUCUUCUUCGUCUUCGCCUCGUCGUACCUCAUCGCGUCUCAUCGCUGCGCCAUCCAUGCUGGCGAUUAUCUUCGCGGAGGACCGCGCGCCUCGCGACGCUCGACGUCAUACGCCGACGUCGUCGGCGGUGCCCGAUACCAUUUCGCGUUCUCGAAUCUUGAGCGGUUCGGCAAACGUUGCCCGUUCCAAAAGCUGGCUGCAAAGUUGCCGAGGCACGACGCUCGUCCUCCAGAUUUCGUUUCGAGAUCUCAGGAUGAAGAGCAUCGCCCUCGAUCGAUCGAGGAACGCUCGCCAAGCCCUUCGAGAUUCGACGAGAGGACUCUAUUUAUUGUCUCACCUUCUAUUCCUUGUUCUAACUCUGCAUCCCGAUCGAUCUAACUUAAUUUAUUGAUCAAAAAUUGUACGGCAUUACCCUUCCCUACUUUACUUCGCUUAGUACUUAAGUUAUCCGUCGUGGAAUAUUCCCGGCUCCUGGGAAUAUGUUUAUGUAUGUGUCUUCAGGACACACAAAACACAAGACACACAUACGCAUUCGUAUACAUACUGACAUAUACACUUACAUGCGAAACGUAUGGCAUCACAUAUGCAACAUGCUCAAGUGUGUUGUAUACGUUACUGUACCAGCGCGAGUAAAAUGUAUUCACGAAACAUCCGUUACGAUAAUAAUUAAUUGUUUGAGAAUUAUUUUAAUUACAUGAUCAUUUUUAUUUAUA